AAUAAUUGAUCAUUCUCCUAAUCCUCUCUGUACUCAAGCUGGCAACACUGUCACCUUCUACAUCUCUUCUCUUCUUCUUAUCCCAAUUCUCCCUUGAUUCCUGCCCCUAAAUUUCUCUUCGAAAAACUCCCCCAAACUUCAUGCUCUAACGCAAAAAGCACUCCCACCAAAAAUGGUUCCUUCAAUUUUUUCGGCCAUGUUUCUUCACUUCAUUUUCUUCGUCACGGUUGUCAAUGGCGAGCAGGAUACUAUUUACGGGAUCCUAAAAGCCCAUGGACUGCCCAAGGGACUUCUUCCCAAAGGAAUAACCGUUUCGACUUUGACGAUACGGGUCGGUUUGAGGUUCAUUUGGAUCAGCCCUGCAAGACCAAGUUCGAAAGCGAGAUGCAUUACGAUAGGAACGUGUCGGGGACUCUGAGUUACGGGCAGAUCGGGGAGCUGUCGGGUAUCUCUGCUCAAGAGUUGUUUCUUUGGUUCCCGGUUAAAGGGAUUCGGGUCGACGUUCCGAACUCGGGUCUUAUUUAUUUUGACGUCGGUGUUGUUUUCAAGCAGUUCCGGUUGUCGUUGUUCGAAUCGCCGAGGGAUUGCUUGGAGGUUCAGGAUUCUGAAUAUGGUGAUUCGAUUUCUGAAGCAAUCUCCAAGAAUCGAUAUGAACAUGGUGAAGAAACUUUUGGGAGGAACGAAAUGUAGAAAGGCGGGCAAAGGGAGUGGUGCAAUAUCUCAAUCAGUCCAACAAUCAAGUCAAUGGUGUUUCGGGGCAUGUUCAUUGUUCCCCACAGGUUGUAAAUUUGCGCGCUUCCAUCAUGUGUGCUCUGCUUGUGUUUUCUUUCUUAAUCCUAUAUAGUGCAGUCAUCGGCCAUUGAGGAAGAAUGGAAGAUUUGGGAAGCUGUAUUUAGAUGAUUGUCAUGUUGGCUUGCCCUAUGGAAAGAUGAAAUUGAGAUCGGAAUGGCGAUUUCCGGUGAUAAAAUCAGACCAAAUUUUUUUCAUAUGUUAGUUUGUUCAUUGUGUUAUUCAUGUGGUUGUUAAAUUGAGUCUCUUUUUGUUGGGAGUCGAGAAGCUUUGGAGUUUGGACUGAUGAGACGGAUAAGAAGACGUCGAUCGAUGUUCAAUAAUAAAACCGUCUUGGUUCAUUUCAUUACCUUUGUGUGCUUGAAUAUUGUGUUUCAGUUGCUUUAUUGAUUUUCCUGUUCAUUGUAUGCCAAUGAGUUCUAUGAGUGAAAUGGAUGGAAAAAAAGAACUCUGAGGGA